GAAUUGACUCGCAUAACCCUUUCGACCACUCACAGAUUAUUCCCAAAACACUCCUCUUGAUGUACACCCGACUGCUAACUGGAUAUAUGUAUAGUAUUCCAAGCAUUAUAUUACGAAUUGCAUCAAAUGGGCUCUGAAUCUUAUCUCUUCCUCCACAUCUAUUGAAAAAUCUCUGGCUUGAUUGCAAAAUGCUGCUCCAAAAUUCCUCUGCCCACAACCCAAAAUUGAGUCCGCUUGCCUGCAUUUCACAGAGAAUGGCGAGCCAUGGAAAACAAAAUUCUACUCUGCACACUCUUUCCUCUUCUCGCAUGUUUACAAAAGCUUUCUCACAUUUUCAUUUGGCACUUUCCCCCCGGAGGAGAAACCCACAAGAAUGUCGCUGCAAGCUUACAGAGAUCUGUUAUGAAGAGAUGUUGGGGGCAAAUCCUGGAAAUCCCCUGCUGCUCAGGAACUAUGCCAAAUUUUUACACGAGGUGAAAGAGGACAGUAGCAAAGCAGAGGAAUUCUAUGAAAGGGCCAUACUGGCCGGUCCUGCAGAUGGAGAAGUUCUGUCACUUUACGCCCAGCUCAUAUGGGAAACUCACAAAGAUGGAGACAGAGCCCAAGCUUACUUUGAUCGAGCAGUCCAGGCGGCCCCUGAGGACUGCUAUGUAAUUGCCUCUUAUGCCAAUUUUUUAUGGACCUCGGAGGAGAGUGACAGCGGUGUGUGAGAGCAUCUCCAAACAAAUUCUGGGGCUUGAAGUUUUGAAAAUCAUAAGAGUGGCGCAGUUCAGUAAUUGCCUAGAUCGUUCAAAUCAUGUUACAGAUCUGUAUGAUAUACAGAUCUCAAAUGAACCACCUAAGUAAUCGUUUUUUUUUUACAGCAGGCAGCAUAAUCUGAUUUUUGACUUGUUGACUUGUUUAGAUUUCACAUAUUUUAGAUAAAACACUUCAAUCAAAGUUUAGAAUAUAUUGUUUACCAUGGAGUGGGUGCACCUGAGGUUUCUACAUUUGGCAGCUGUAACAGCAUUCUGUUUAAGCCCCUGUAGACAAGAGAAGCUGCAGAGUAGCAGCUCUGGUCCUUGCCUAAAUACUGUUAGGCUGUUGAUCUGUAAUAUGUCACUGUAAUUAAUGAAAAUUAUGUGUAUAUAGAAACAUAGCUAUUUCCUAUGCUUGUAAAGGUUAAAAACAACAUCCAUAUCAGUAGCAAACUUGCAAACAAGCAAAAGAAAUGUCAGAGACAAGAAAGGGAACUGAUGAGCAAGAUAACUCAGUAACUAAAAUAAACUGCAAGAGAAGAAUCUGCCUCAGAAAGGUGUCAAAGUUUUGAGUGUGCUAUUUAUUGUAAGCCUAAAAUGAAAUUUACUGACUUACUGUAAGUCAUGUAGAUUCGAAAACAGAACGUCCAAUAUCAUGGAUUAUAAAACAGAAUUAAUUAAUUAAUUAAAUUUAUAAAUAUUUUAACUA